CUGUGAUUGGGCAGGGUGGGCCCUCUUUGCUUGCUGUGUGUGUGUGUGUGUGCAGGGUGACAGCGCUCACCCUCUGUCCUGUGCAUUACUGAAGGCUGCCAGAUCAGCCAGCGGAGUCCCCCCCAGACUGGAGCACCCCUUCCCUGAGCCUGUGCUGACUGGAAAAGUUUUAGAAGUUUCAGGAGCACAUGUAAGACGGCUGAUAGAUUGUGGUUCAGCGUUUCCCCCUCCUGAAUACAAGCGUCGACUGUAACACGGUAUCUUGUCCAGUGUCCGCGCAAACGUAAGCGCAAAUUGCACCAGGAUGGACUGUAUCAUCGUCUGCUGUGGAACUCUGUGAGACGUCAUCAGUUUCCGUCCAGGGCAACACAUCAGGUCGGAUGACUGACCACAGAGGAGAUAACAUCUGCUCCAGAGUCCAGGAAGGCUGAAGGUGAAACCAAGUCAGUCAGAAGUUGGAGAAACUCUAACAAAGGAUAACAUUCUAAAUCACUGUGUCUGGGACCCCCCUGAUCUGCUAUUAACUAAGUGAUAAACGUACCAUGGAGAUGGAAAAUUUGCGUGAUGCAGAAGAAUCGCACAUGUUGAAUGGAAGCGUGCCGGGGAGCCUGAACAUGGACAGACUGACGUUGGAUGAGGGGUACGAGGAGGAGGUCAGCCAAGAGCAGGAGGGGUUCCUGCAUCAUGUAACCAGCCAAAAAUCCCACUUCACUGAUUUUGAAGGGAAAACGUCCUUCGGGAUGUCUGUGUUCAACCUCAGCAACGCCAUCAUGGGCAGCGGCAUCCUUGGCCUGGCCUAUGCAAUGUCUAAUACGGGGAUCAUUCUCUUUGUGUUCCUCUUAUUAUCCAUUGCCCUCCUGUCUGCUUACUCCAUCCACCUCCUCCUCAAGUGUUCCGGUGUUGUGGGUAUACGCGCCUAUGAGCAACUUGGACAAAGAGCGUUUGGGUCCGGAGGGAAAAUCCUUGCUGCCUUAAUCAUUACCAUGCACAACGUGGGCGCAAUGUCCAGCUAUUUAUACAUCAUCAAGUAUGAGCUGCCCGUCGUGAUUCAGACCUUCCUGGGGCUGACUGAGAAAACUGGGGACUGGUAUCUAAAUGGUAACAUCCUCAUCAUCAUAGUCAGCAUCCUCAUCAUCCUCCCCCUCGCUCUCAUGAAACAUCUGGGUUAUCUGGGUUACACGAGCGGCUUCUCUCUAACCUGUAUGGUUUUCUUCCUGUGCGCGGUGAUCUACAAGAAAACUGUGAUACCGUGCCCACUGAACGGAACAUCUACAGAGCACGUUGGCACGGUCUACACCAACGGGUACAACACUACAGAGGAUGCGUGCACAGCUAAAUUAUUUACCAUCAACACGCAGACCGCGUAUUCCAUCCCUAUUGUGGCGUUUGCCUUUGUGUGUCAUCCAGAGGUCCUGCCUAUAUACACUGAACUGCGCAGAGCUACCAAGACGCGGAUGCAGAAUGUGGCCAAUGUCUCCAUACUUGCCAUGUUUGUCAUGUACCUGAUGACCGCCGUGUUCGGGUACCUAACGUUCUACGGUGACGUGGAGCCGGAGAUGCUCCACACAUAUAUCAAAGUGGACCCCUUGGACAGGAUCAUGCUGUGUGUACGCCUCGCCGUGUUGGUGGCGGUCACGCUCACCGUGCCGGUUGUCUUGUUUCCGAUCCGCAGAGCGAUCCAGCAGCUCCUCUGCCCGGGGCAGGACUUCCGCUGGUGGCGGCACAUUCUCAUCGCCGUCUGCCUGCUCAUAGUGGUCAAUCUGCUGGUCAUCUUCAUUCCAAACAUCAGGGAUAUUUUUGGUGUCAUUGGAGCCACUUCAGCUCCAAGUCUGAUUUUCAUCCUUCCGAGCAUAUUUUAUUUACGAAUUGUCCCCAACGAGAAAGAGCCUCUGUUAUCGCGUACAAAGAUCCAGGCUGCCAUCUUUGCCUCCUUGGGUUUUGUGUUCAUGAUAAUGAGUUUGAGCUUCAUCAUCGUGGACUGGGUAUCGAUAGGAAAGAGUAACGUUGGAGGGCACUAACCUUCUCUUGGCUCCCUCUCCCACGGUUGCGGACAUUUGGGCCGGCUCUCCUGAGGCGUGUGUACACAUGAUGGACAGGUCCGACAGCUGCUUCAAGAACGAUCAAGCAGCCAAUACGGACACAUGUGACUUCGGGAGUGGCUGAGCCUGGGGAGAGAGGAGCGUCCAAUCAAUUCAGGACAGGAUGUUCUAAGCCAUAAAGUGCCCCAAAUCUGUAUCACCCCAGCUGCUGCAAAACUUCACUACAAUCACCGUACGUGUUGCCUUCUCCUUCUUCGGUGUCUCCGCCAUUACAGGACCAGGACAUUUAUCCUGUACAACAGUUCUGGAGACACGGAGCAAUUUCCCUGAGAGUAUUGGUUUAUAUUGGGUCCCUUGCCCCCGAGGUCUACCAAAGGUUAAUGAAUCACAGUGUCUCUACCUCACCAACCCCUGCCUAGCAGGGAGGGGUAUCAGUGUGCUGCACUCAGGGGGUUACGUAAUCUCUCUAAGAGAGGACACAGCUUAACGGCAUUACAGCGUGCCGCGUUACAGUUAUUCAGAGUAUCUCUACGUGACGGAGAACGCCAUCUCAUCCACAAAUAUACAACUUGACAUCGAUUCCAUACACUUCUACUCGCUGGGUACGGCCUGCCCGAAAUUCACAGCUGACAAGGUCAUACGUAUUUUAUGUAUGCUCCCGAUUAUGUGAACAAGAUUAGUCUGUUACAAAUCUGCAGUCAUACUCCUCACCCCUCUGUACUGCAGCAGGUUCCGUACCCCCAAAGCGGUUUAGUCGCGCCCGAUUUCUUUGUCCCUCCGUCCUGAUCACUGUGAAUCCUGCGUGAGAGUCGCCGUUGGUGGCCCUCCCCCGUGUCUUCAUGCACCAGGCAUGUUAUGUGUUUGGAGCGCAGCUUGGUUUACACGUGGGGAGAGUGAACUCAAAAAAGAAAAAAGUAUUUUAAUAAAUUUUUAAACAAUG